AAGCUGUGAGCGUUGUGUCUGCGGGAGAGGAAGGCCGGCUGAAGGAGGCUGGGGUGGCAGGGGUCUGGUGUUUAGUACCUGGAGUUCGCGCGCCCCCAUUUUGGGAAGGGCUGAUGAGCUCUUUGGGUUUGACCUCCUCUCGCCUGAAGCCGAGACUCUGGGAACGCCAGCACAUGCAAGAAAAAGAUGAGCCCGAGCUCGGUCGCCUCAAGGCGCGGAUGGCCGUGAGGCCCGAGGGGUCAGAACCGACCCUGCGUGAGGGACUGUUGGUCGUCAAAGUGGAGGAAGACCCACCCGGAGAGUGGGAAACCGACCCGCCGGGGCCCUGGCAGGACCCUGAAACUUCCCGCCAGCAUUUCAGGCAGUUGAGUUACCGGGAGGUGGCUGGCCCGGAAGAGGCGCUGAGCCGGCUGAGGGAACUCUGUCGCCGGUGGCUGAGGCCCGAGCUGCACUCCAAGGAGCAGAUCGUGGAGCUGCUGGUGCUGGAGCAGUUCCUGACCAUCCUGCCCGAGGAGCUCCAGGCCUGGGUGCGGGAGCACGGCCCCGAGAGCGGGGAGGAGGCGGCGGCGGUGGUGCGGGCUCUCCAGAGAGCGCUCGACCGGACCGCGCCCCAGGAGCCAGUGACUUUUGAAGAUGUGGCUGCUUCUCUGGCCUGGGAGGAGUGGGAGCCUCUGGACCUGGCUCAGAGAAACUUGUGUAAGGACAAUGGAUGGGAAGGUUACAGGGGCUCCGACCUGCCUGGUUUGGAACCCAGUGCUGAAAACAAAGGGUUGAUUCCAAAGCAAGAAACUUUGGAAACGGAGCCCCAGGGGCAGCUGCGAGAGGUAUCUCAGGAAAUGGCCUGCCUGUUUUCUGAGUGUGGCGCUACCCAGCAAGACAAGGUAGAGGAGCAGUCCAGAUGUCCUUUGUCACUGAAACUUGAACAUUUUGAAGAGCAGGGACUCACCAGCAUGUCAGAUCUCAACAAGAAUGGAUCUACGGAAGGGGCAGACUUUGGCAACGGAUUUGGGAACGGAAGUUCUAGCUUUCUCUUUUGUCAGCAAAUCCACACGGUGGAGAGGCCCACUGAAGCAUGUGAGGACAAGUGCAGACAAUGUUUAAACAGGGUGAAGCAUGAUGCCGGUGACAGGGAGGAAGAGCAUUUCUGUGACUCCGAUCUUCUUAACACCCAAAGGCAGUUCCAUGACAAAAGACCUUAUAAGUGUAAUAACUGUGAGAAGAGUUUCAAACAGCGUUCUGACCUCCUUAAACAUCAGCGAAUCCACACAGGUGAGAAGCCCUAUGAAUGUCAGGAAUGCGGCAAGAGCUUCCGUCAGAGUACUGCCCUGAUUAAGCACCAGAGGACACAUACCGGGGAGAGACCAUACAUGUGUCUGAAAUGCGGGGAGUGCUUCCGGCAGAGUUCACAUCUAAAUCGGCAUCAAAGAACUCACACUGGAGAGAAAUACUGUAAGUGUGAGGAAUGUGGGGAAACCUGCCACAUUUCCAAUGUAUUUAGACAUCAGAGACUGCACAAAGGAGAAAGACCCUACAAAUGUGAAGAAUGUCAAAAGGCCUUCAAACAGCGCUCUGACCUCUUUAAACACCAGAGAAUCCACACUGGGGAGAAGCCUUACCGAUGUUCUGUGUGUGGGAAAAGUUUCAGUCAGAGUGCAACCCUCAUUAAACACCAGAGAACGCACACAGGAGAGAAACCUUAUAAAUGUCUCGAAUGUGGGGACAGCUUUAGGCAGAGUACACACCUCAUCCGACACCAAAGAAUCCAUCUAAAUAAAGUUUCGUCACUUUGAUAUGCUUCUGCAUUAGCCUGUUUUUGUUUGUUUCAUUUCCAGAAACUACAUGCUGUGGCAUUUUGAAUAUUUCAAUGAAACACAGACCAUGGUGCAUCCUCGGCAUCCCACACAAAUUAGGCUUGGUUGGACU